GUGGGCAGUGAGGGAGACACGGAAUGUGGGUAAUAAGCAAUGGGUAGCGUGUGUAAAGGCCAGCUGAGGAUGGGGUCACUUUUCACCCGUUACCGGGAUGUGGUUUGUUUACCUUUUUGCUGUUCUUCCGAACCAUACACCCAAUCAAUCGAAUGGACUGUAAAACAUAUGGCUUUCAUCAACAACAGCACGCUAAGCAGAUGACUACGAGGUUUUUUCCAGUGAGGUUGCUAGAUCUGAUUGACAAAGUGCUGAUGUUAUACAUCGUGUUUGUAUCUCUUAUACAAAGUAAGCUCUUUCAAUAUUACAGGAAGAUGUCCAUCUCAAGUUACGGAAUAUGUCUACAGCCCAUUGUAUCUAUUCUUCCGUAUUGAAAAGCACUUAUCUUCCCUCCAUUCUCUGAAGAUGUUUCACAAGAGCAACUGUAACCGUUAUUGAUGUUGAGCUUUUUUUUUGAACCCAUUCGAGUGCUGAAACCUCAUUUCACAUCCCAGGGGUAAUGUAAAACCGCCUUGUCAUUAUCUGCAACAGUGUUUGUGCUGACCCAUAGAGGCCGUACAUGUACCUACACAGUCUACCUGCCUCCACUGUAAUACUCUCGUACUGGCUUCAAACAAGGACUGUCCGUGUCAAG